AACUGACCCAAACCCAAACCCAAGUCCAGGACUUGGGUACCCAAUACCCAAACCCAAGUCCGAGACUUGGGUACCCAAACCCAAAUCCAAUACACCCAAGUCGCUUGGGUUUGGGUUUGGGUUUGUAGCAUACCUAUUCGGCACUAUAUAGCCCAUUGUGACCAAAAUGAUUCUUCAAAGAUUAUUUUAUUCUUGAAUACUAUUCAAAACAACGCAUGCAAAUAGAACUGUGUCACCAACAAGUGGUUUCACACGGUAACGUUAUAAAAACAAAAGAAAUUCAAAAAGCAAGAAGAAAUAAAAAGAAAAGCACCAAUUAAUUUCCUUCCUCUCAGCAUCAGUUGUUUUACAUAUUUUACCCUAAAUAUGUAUUUCAUUCAUCGCAUCACUCUACUUAACAUUUCUCAAUAACUUUAUUCUCCAGAUUUAUGAAAUUUUUCUAAAGAAGUAUAGCCAUUAUGGUGCAAGAAGUCGAAAUACUUAACAUACUCUAGUAUCUUCUUCUGUCGAAAAAAAUGCUAACCACAAGUAAGAAAUGAAUCCUAUGUUAUCAACACGUACAACAGCCUAACGCAAGAUUUCGUUAUAAAACUAAAUAGGAAGAGAGACUCAUCAACCUCCUUCCAUCAGGUGCUUUUAAAAAUCAAAAAUUUGGCGAAUAUUUCUGAAAAUAAAACUGAGAAAUAGGUAUAAGAGAUUGUGAUGGUUGUAUCUUUCUAAUAACAGUACCCAGCAAGCCCAAAUUUUAGAGAAAUAAAGAUGUAUAUCUGCAGUACAUACAGGACUGUUGCUAUGUUUUCAGCAUCAGUAGUUCAUGGUAAAAUGCAAUCUAUUCAUCGGUUUCAAAACUCAAGGCUCACUCUUUAGAUGACAUUUUUCAUCAUAUCUUUCGUGUGAAAAGCAGAAAUUGUAUCCUUUUUAUACCUCUAAUAAAGCACAAAAACGAUCUUCCGCAAAGCAAAUAUAGCGAUGAGAAAAAGGGUAUAUUUUCUGGCUUUUCGACCAAGCUCAAGUCAGAUAUAAUGGGAGAUGUAGAAUGGGCGAAAGAGACUACCUGUAGAAGAAGAGAGAUCCAACAAAUCGAUCUCAAGAGCUCUGUUCCUGCACAUGUAUCUCAUCGUAACUUAGCAUGAAACUUGACGGAUCACAUCCUACCGGUCUUUUCUUCGGGAUGUAAUCCGCCGAAGUUAUAAUGUCAGACGUCGUCGAAUAAAUGAAAUAUAUCUGAAAGUAAACAAUAAGCAAAAAGCAUGAGGCAAUGCGAACAAAGAAAGUAACUAGGGAAUCAUUCUAGUCGUAGAAAGCCAAGAAAGAGAAAGCAUAUCUGCAUAGGAAGCGUUUUUUAGCAUCUAAAACUCAAGGUAGUCGAAAAGUCGUAGAAUCAAAACCUUUUCGAAAAAUAAUUUUUAGUUUCUCCACGUGCGCGCACUUUUCUUGGGUUUUUUCAAAGAAAACGGAUACCAGAGCUGUUCUAAAUGUACCGUCUGCGGCUAAAAACCAAAGAGUUUCCGCUUGAGCGACGUUUUAAUUCUGGAAUGUUGUAAAACAAACGUUGAAGAUCAAGGAAAACGACAACUUGUCGCCAAUUUAAAAGAAAAAUGUGAACAGUGGGGAUUAGAAUAUGCACGUUUAUUUGUAGUCGAUCAAACCACUCCUUAUAUACAUGUUUUUACCAGUCACCUCCAUGAAUUUUAUGAUCAGUUUAAUAAUUUGAACACAUUUAGUUUUCAAGGUGUUGAAAGACUAAAUGAAUUAUUGACCCGUGAUUAUUUUGGUGGAACGAAUAUAAAAGGGGAAUAUUUUCAGCAAAUGAUCAAAAAACGACUAUGCCAAAUGGUAUUACCGGUGACCAGGACACAACUGAUCCACAUACGCCAAAGUUUCGAAAGUUGUACUAAAUCAUUUGGCGAUUAUGAAUCUUCUGAUAAUAAAAACUCUGAUGAUGAUUUAACUGAUGAUUAUUAUUAUUACGAAUCAGAUCAAGAGAUGGAAUCUGUCGACAAAAACAAUCCGUUACUACCGUCAUCAACUAAUUUAUAUCCAAAAUUAGAUAUACUUUCUUUCGGUGAGCCCACAAAGCUGCCAUUAACAAUUCCGUCUCGCAAUGUUAUCGAUCCAUCCGAUUUUUCAGAUGACGAUAUUAGCGAUAAAAAUAUUAAACUUCCAAAAGUAAUAUUACGUAUUAAUACAUCAUAUAUUGAUAACGUAAGCAUCAACUGGCCCGUCUGGGGCAUAGAAAAUUACAUUUUCCAACAUCGAUCAUAUAAUAUAGUUAAUACAUAUAAUCUAGACACCGGUCUUUUUCUUAUCUAUUAUAUAUACAAUUCCUCAGAAGUUGUUAAACGGUACAUGUCAAACAACGCCAAUAUAGCAAUAUGUGAACGACUACAACGAACAUUUAAUAUUAUAACAGAAAAAGGAUGGAAUGAAGCCAGAAUCCAAUGGCUGCUGGAAGUAAAGUUACUGAAACCAACGCAACAAACAUUAGAUAUUUUUGAUAGUCUUGAUGAUGUUGUAUUUAAUUCAAAUUAA